AUGGUGCAACAUUUUUUCAGGCAAAUGCAAUCUAAAUUUGAAAUGAGUCUUGUUGGUGAAUUGACGUACUUUCUUGGGCUCCAAGUCAAACAAAUGGAUGACACUAUCUCCACCUCUCAAAGCAAGUAUGCCAAGAGUAUAGUAAAGAAGUUUGGAAUGGAAAUGGCUAGUCAUAAAAGGACACCUAUACCAACUCACUUAAACUUGACUAAAGAUGAAAAAGGUGUAAAUAUGGAUCAAAGUCUAUACAAGAGUAUGCUUGGUAGUUUGUUGUAUCUUACAGCUAGCCGACCUGACAUUACAUUUGCUGUAGGAGUAUGUGUUAGAUAUCAGUAUGAAUCCAAAAUGAGUCAUAUUACUCAAGUGAAAAGGAUCCUGAAGUAUAUCAAUGGAACUAGUGACUAUGGAAUGUUGUAUUCUCAUAAUGCAAACUCCUUGCUUACAAGAUACUAUGAUACAUAUUGGCCAAGCAGUGAUGAUGACAGAAAGAUCACUUCUGAAGGAUGUUUCUUCUUGUCCAUACCUAAAACCUCCAAAAUGUCUCAACCUUCUGUCUCUACUCCGAGCAAGCACUCCAAAGAGAACUCAAACCCUAAAAAUAUUGGUGCUGAGAUAGAUCUCUCUGAUGUCAUUACUGAUGUCAUUCCCCUCUCGAUAGUUCUUGUCCAUGCAACUCCUAUGAGAAAGGCUAGAACUUCUGCUUAUAGGAAAGGAAAGCCCUCUAAAGUAAGUACCUCUUCCUUUCCUUCCAUGACUGCUAGAAAUGUAAAAACUCUUAGACCCUCUACUGCAGUAAAGAAACCCUAG